AUGUCUUCACAGAAUGCAAACCCAAUCGUGUCUACAAGUUGGCUGAACACUGAGCUCAACGAAAAAAAGAAUGAUUUAGCCGUUAUUGAUGCCACUUGGUUCCCAGACAAGGAUGCAUCAGAGGACUUUGCAAAGUAAGUUGCUAGCGCUCUCUAACUCGUGAAGUCGAUUUAUGGCAAGUCUAAGUAAGCUGAUGAGAAAGACGCCUAAAAGAUUAACUGAAAACUGCCUUUGCUCACUAUUUUUCUACUUUAUAAGCAUGCCUUAUUUUAAGUGAAACUCCAGUCGACGGCUAAGAUGAGCCAUGACUCACUCAAAGUUGGAGCCACCAGACCGGAACAUUCAUUUACUAUGGACACACCUUUUAUACAUAUUUCAGUCGGCUUUGAACAAGCUAUCCCUCGUUCAUCUGACUUGAUGAAUAUGAACAUAAAUGUCUAAUACUUUGUCUCCGAGAGUUUCAGUAUUGGAACCGUCGAAUUCGCAGAGGCAAACUUUCACCAGUCAUGCAAAUUAAUCCUCGGCCCCUUAGCCUUCGAACGCAGACGUACUUCCGGUCGUCUCUUUUUUAGUGUAAAAAACAUACAAAAGGUCUACUUAAGCGCGAAGCAAGAUAAAGACAAUUUUUGUAAGAAUCAAUCCCGUACAGCCCUUUGGAUUUAUUAUACAUGUAGCAAUUUCAUACUAUUUCACACAACUGUAGUCUGAAAUGUCAUACGUGGUACCCGGGGGGUACUCCUGGGAAUUCUUGGUGGGGGUGUGCCGCCCGGUUCUUAAAAUCCUGACCCGAUUUCAGACCAAAAAAUUUUAUUUUCCACACCCGUUUUCAGACUAGACCUCUAAAAUCCACACCCGUUUUCAGACCUGGCCUUUAGGCAGAAAUUAUGUUAUCAUUACUUAGAUUAGCGCGUAAACAAAAAAAAAUAUUCAAAUCCGUUUCGAAUUCGCAUAUUUCUGUUAAACAAUAAAAAUGGAAGCGAUGGAAAAUGUUCGCAGUGCACACGUUUUUGACUUAACAUUAUUAAAGGAAUUUUAUUCGGUGUUUGGGAUUUAUUGCAAAAUUCAUUCGUUUCGGAAAAUAUUUAUAGGUUAAGGAAAAAUAUCAUAAAAAGCAAUUUGACUCAUUUUACUUGGUGUUAACUCCUACGCAUCAGCACUGAUUAAAGGACAUCCUCUCCCGAAAUGAGAAAAUAAUUUCUGUUGAUUCAUUCUCUUUGGUCUUGUUAGCCACUUGUGACAAUUGUUACAAUAUAUGUUUGUAAUGGAGUUGUUAUAAGCGUUCUUGUUGAUUGGUUUGAGUAAGCUACUUCACUACUAGUAGGAUUGGUUUUCUAAGUUAAUUGAUGAUCGAUAGAAAGUUUCUCCUGACAUGAAUUCGGUACAAAGGAGAUGUACCAAUUUGGUGCAUCUCCGCGGUAACACUUCUGUUUACGAAAUAUGUUUAAUUAAAGCCUUUGACAGGUGACAAAGCCUUGUUUAUAUUAAGUAUUUUGUCUAGUUUGACAUCCUUGACCUUAAUCUGGUCUCCCUUCGAUAUUUACCAGGAACUACUACCCUGCUUGUUUUUUUAAGAGUUUUAAGCGUGUUUCCUCGAGUUUUUAACCGAAUUCUUGGCAGUGGAUAACUUUAAUUAAGCUUAGUGGUUUUAUAGGUGUUUUUGUAAUCAAACAACUAUUGUUUUAAAUUCUGCUUUGUACUUUGAACUGCAUUUUUAAUUUAUCCUUUAAGUUUGCGAUCACGUUCGUGGUUAAAUUAUGGAAAAGUUGUAGCCAAUCAUCUUCGAUGAAGAAGCUUAACACCUUCUGUAAAUUGACAACAACCUUGGAUUUUCAAACUGUAAUUUUAGUACUUUCCUAUCUGUUAGUAUGAAAAGUCUGUUUACUGGUAUAUACCUUGUAGUUUUUAUAUUGUUCUCCUGGUUUUAUAUUGGCCAGUUGACUUAGGCUUGGCAGUGAAAACUUCGGUUGAAGAGUCAUUUCGACAAAGCAAUUACCUCGAAGGUUUCAUGCUAAUGAAACUGUUUUGGCCAAUCGGAUUAGACUUACGUCAGCAUUCGGCUUACGCCAAGCAACUGGUUUCCUGGCUGAUAUAAAAAUACGUGUAACACUGAUCUAGCAGAGAAUUGUAAAAUACAAGUUGCACUAACUUCGUGACACCUUACGGAAGAAUUAAUGAGAGUCGAUUGAACAAGAACUCGUCUGUCUUGCUGUUUGUUGUUAGAACCUGCUAGUACCCCCAGUAAGGUUCUUCAACAUUUCUCUUUCUUUCUCACUCAUUUGGAAUUGAAACGAUAAAUACGUUCAUACACUCCCGUAGUUUCCUCGAAAACCAUACCCGAUUCCAGACCAAAAUGGGUAAAGUGUAUACACGUUUUCAGACCAAGACGGCGCAAAAUCCCCACCCGAUGGGGCGGCACAUACUUGGAUUACAUCAGGGAGUAAACCCUCCCCCCCACUCCCCUCCCCGGGACGUGGUAUGACAUUUCGGAUUGACACAACUGUUUCUCUCAAAUUUCGUCUUAUUCACAUGCAUGUGUACACAUAAUUUAUGAAAAGACAAAGUGUGAAGUUCCCCUGGGACCUCUAUUGGGAAAACAAAACAUACAAGCUACAGAGCUAUAUUGAGUCGAUACGAAACAUGUUUUCCAACAUAACUGAACACCCAGGGAGAGGGGGAUACCCCGGGAAGCUCCGCCCCGAGGUCUACCCCCUUACUCUUUUAAAUACUAUUUUUGAUAGAAAGGGUACUCCUUUCGUAUACCUUCCAUUGACAAAUGUUACCCUCUUCACAAACCUCGUUAAGAACUUUGCACUCCUUUAACUGCCUCGUUUGCGUAAGUGUUGACAUGCUAAACUCGUUCCCAGGUUCUCUCUAGUUUUACUUCUGCAGAAGCCUAUAUGGCUCCUGACUUUUUCUUUUCUUUCACUUUUAUUUUUAUUUUCAUUUCAUAAUAAAAAGGUUUUGUAUUGUUUUGAAAAUUAACAAAAUGAAUCUAUUUCCAGUUCAAUAAAAAACAAAAUAAUUUGACGUUUUACUUUCGCUUUAUUUUCAAUGCAAAGUAAUUAAAGUUCAAUCUCAAAAUAACAAAUUUAUGUCGUUUUUACGAAUGGCAGUUGUCGGCCUCCACAGAGAUGCCAAAAAGUUACCGAAGAAAUGCGAAUGAAAUGCUUUUUAAAACAGACAAUGUAUGCCAAAAAGUAGAUGCCAAAAGACAAAUGCAAAAUACCGUAUGCCAAAAUACACAUGCCAAAAAUCAAAUGCUAAAGAAAUGUAAACGUAAUCUAUCAAGUAACCAACACACAAAGAAAGUCAUGAAAUAUAAAAACAACUAAGGAGAAAGUGAAUAUGUUACAGUGCCUAAGCAGUUUAAAACAAAUGAAUUUCAAAAUGGAAUGUUUCUCAAGCCUUCUAGUUACCAUAAAUACAGAGGUGAUAAUUUUCAACAUUAGGUUGUCCGUAAUAACGAAACUCAAUCACGAAAUUCAAGAGCAGUGGCACUUAGCACCCCUUCUCGUUUACGAUUCAAUUCAUCCAUGAGCUUGCUCCUAGGAGCCUUUGAUCUAGUCUACUUGCGUAACGACAUAAAGAACGGUACUGGCAGUUCCCGGCCAAGAACAUAUUAAUUUUACUUUUCUGUUUUGAACGGCAGUUCCCGAAUAUGAACAUACUAAUCGGUUUACAGUUUCUUUUUUGAAUGGCAGUUACCGGCCGUGAACAUUAAUUUUACUUCUGUUUUAAUUUCACUUUUAUUUUAAUGCUCAUUUCAUAAUAAAAAUGUUUUGUUUUGAGUUGAAAAUAAAAAAACCCCAGUUCAAUGAAAAAGAAAAUAAUUUUGCGUUUUACUUUCACUCCAUUUUCGAUUCAAAAUAAUUUAAGUUCAAUCUAAAAUUAACAAAUUUAUGUCGUUUUGACGAAUGGAAGUUGUCGGCCACCAUAAUACUGUAAAUUCGUUGUCUUUUUUAAAAUAUGAAGAAAUCACUAAACCAGAAAGUUUUCUCGUCUUUUUAACAUCCAUAAAAUGCAUUUGUUAGCCUCUUUAGGCCUUUAUACAGACCGAAAUGACAGAGUUUCAGCCUCUGUCAACGUACUUGGUAUUUGUUCUUGAAAAAAAAAAGAUCGUACUCAGCAUCUUACGUAUAACUGCAGAUCUCUGGACAGAGUGAAAACUUUUGAUAACGCUGGCUUCUCGUCUACGUAUGGACGGACGAAAAGGGAGGUUUUCGAAUGCAAUGAAAUCAUAUACUAAUAGCUGCCUCGUACCCAGACGUCUCUCUUUCCAUGAAAAUGUGCGCGCAAAGGAAGGCGGGAAGGAGACAACGGGCGUCUGUACCCUUCCAGUGGUCCCUUGCGGUUCAUCACCAGUCGCUCGCCUCUACCUUACGAAAAACGAGGCGCCUGAGGAGGAGGCUGUACAAAUAGCAUUACGCACGCUCUGUAAGGGAUGUUAUCGUAUUUCCAAAGUUUUUGUUUUUUCAUGGACGGGCAAAAAUCUUUCUAAUACGCUAUCUGUGGACGCGCAUUUUCUUGAACACAGAGAAAAAAUCUCUCUUUACACAAAUAUCCGGAUACGCGACUGGACUGUCUCUUCAUCAAGUCCAGUCAAGACAUUUAUAGUGCGGGCUGCUAUCGUUUCGUUUUCCUAUGACAUAGAAAAUGUUGUUUUUAUUUUCUAGAGAGCAUAUUUCCACUGCAACAUACAUGGAUAUGUUUAAGGGAGUAGAGAACACGCCCUUGUACCCGAGGAACAUUCCAGACGCUGCAACCUUCCAAACAAAUGCGAGGGGAAGUGCAGUGAACAACAGCGAUCACGUCAUCGUUUAUGAGGACAUAUUUGGAAACUUCAUGGCUGGCAGAGCUUGGUGGAUGUUCAAGGUGAGUUUCCGAGAAAAAUUCACCAAAUAGAAGUUCAAAGAUGGAAUUAAGUGAAUGUUAAUGCGAAGAAAUUUUAGAAGGUAGCCCGCGACACAGUCAUAAUUGGCCACCAUGCGUGGAACGUCUGCAGUGGGUGAUCCAGGGGAGGGGCCCGCCCCCCCUUAUUUUUAGGCCAAACUGAGGCCCGAAGGGCCGAUAAAAUAAAUUUGAGACCUCCUUCCCCUUAUCUGAAGGUCUGGAUCGUCCUCUGGUCUGUAACUCGACUACUCCACAGAAUUGAGAGUCAGACUACUGCCCGGGGGGGUUGAUUCCCGUAUGAAGUACUAAGUACGCAGUAGAGUUCUCUCCUAAAAGGAUCAAUAUGGCCGUGGCUCAGACUUAAAAUGACCCCUAAAGGAGACCAUAGGAAAAGAGACAACCUAUCCCUGGAGGCAAUAUUAGGAGCUAUGGCUAGUGAUUUACGUUGACGGAAAAUUUGAUUUUCUUUGUAUUUGUUUCUUUGCACACUACCUCAAUUUACUAUACAUGGGUAUAAAUAUUAGCUUUCCGUCCUCAACACACUAAGGUAGGUAGGUAAUCAGAAAAAAAAAUUCAUAUCUCGGCAAGAGAAACACGCUAGCCCCAACAACACUUGGUUUGGUUUCCAUGGAGGACGUAAUCACUUAGUCAGUAAGUGAAAUCAAAAUUUGCAAUUUACCACCUUAGCGUGACCCUGACUGGACAUUCCCGUCUCCUUGAUAUGGGUAUCCCCGCUCACGGUGACUAUACACUUGAAAGAGAAGGCUCUUCAUGCUCUUUUUUAGUUUAAGAAAACACACAAACUUUAGCAAAUUAAAACCUUCUCUUGCUUGCAAAAUAUUUGAAACGAUGAUUUCCCCAAUAUUAUCAUAUAAUAGCGAAAUUUGGUGUGUAUAUGUAAAACAUGAUAUGAAAGCUUGGGACAAUACCCCAACUGAAAAAACCUACUUGAAAUUUUGCAAGCGUUACCUAGAAAUAAGCAAUAAAACUUCAAAUGUUGCAAGUAGAAGUGAAUUAGGACGGUUCCAUUAAUUAUUAAUAUUUGUAAAAACAUCCUUUAUUACAUAUUGUAUCUUCUGCGUAAAAACGAGGAUACUAUUGUUAAACAAGCCUUUCGUACUUCGCUAGAACUUCACUGUAAUGGUGAAAAUAGCUUUUACCAUAAUCGUAUGAAAAUACCUGAAUAUUAUGACCUCCCUGAUUUUGAUCCUAAUAAUUUAAGUGAAGCUAAGAUCAAACACUAUAUAGAUAUAAUAAAACAAAAAUAUAUUACAUAUUGGCAACAUACAAUACAUCAUUCUAAGAAACUACAAUUUUACAGCUUGUUUAAACAUGAUUAUAAAAUUUCAAGUUAUCUAGACUUAAUUAGAAAUUCUGCUAAUAGGAAAAGAUUUAGUGAAAAUUCGUAUAAGUAACCACAAACUCAUGAUUGAAACUGGAAGAUAUAAUCAAACUUCCCGCAACAAUAGAUUCUGCCCUAUUUGUAACUCUGGUAUAAUUGAAGACAAAUUUCAUUUUCUCUUCCAUUGUCCAAAAUACUCAAUCCCAAGGGAGAAAUUCUACAAUCAAAUCCAACAAAAUUUUGUCAACUUUAAUCAGCUAUCUUACACAGAAUUAAUAAUUGAAUUGAUGAAUUCACAGAAUUUUUCCGUAAAUUCACAUUUGUUGAAAUUUGUCUCAUUAUGUAAUGAUUUAAGUAAUAAUUUGUUAUCAAAUCAUGCUGAUGACACUUGAUUGACUAUAGUAAUCAUUGCAUUGCAUUAUCAUUGUUAUGAUUUGUUUGUUUGUUUGUUUGGUUUUUUUUUAUGUUAAAGCUUUUGUAAUACUGUAACUACAUAAUUAUAGUCAUGCAAAUAAAGCUAAUGUUGUUGUUGUUGUUGUUGUUGUUGUCGUAGUACAGGUCUCCUUAAGUGACUUUGGAGUGGCAAGGAGUUUUUAGAGAAGCCGCGUUGAGCACGCAAGUCCCACGUGGUGUCAUUAAAAUAAAACAGCAAUAUUUGCCAACGCAGUUAAGGUGUCUAUUUUCUAAGUGUAAUCAAAAAGCGUGUUUCUGUUUCUUUUUCUUCUUUAUUCAGCUCUUUGGCCAUGAAAAUGUAUCCGUUAUGGAUGGCGGUCUGGCAAAAUGGAAAGGUGAUGGCUUCGAAACAACAACAGCUUUGGCCAAGAAGAAGGUACUCAUCGUCACUUUGCUCAAAUUACUGCCAGGAAACCUUAAUGGCUAGCUUUUUUUAGCUGGAAUAAUUUCUUGUUUUACGUUGUUCUAAAUUAUGAAUGAUUGCUACGCGCCAUAACCAGAGAAUGGUGGGGGGGGAGGGGGUGGGUACUCCUGAUGAUGGCCUAUACGGGAAGGCUCUGCUCGAAAGGGGUACCUUUUUCAGUCUUCAAAAGGGUAAAAGGGUAGGUAGUUCACUAGUGGAAGUAUAUAAAAGGGAAGAGAAAUCUGUCAUUUGGGUCUGUAAAAGGGCUCAAAAGGGCUAACGGAUGAAUUUUGUGGCUUUAAAAAGUCGAGAAAAAGUUCUGGUUUUGUGAUUGAUUCCUAUUUAAAAGACGUCGCAUUUACAGCAGUUCAAAGGGAUGCAAUGUUCUAAACAAGGUAUGUGCAAGGGGUACCAUUUGUCAAUAGAAGGUAUACGAAAGGGGUACUUUUUCCGUGAAAAAUGGUAUGUAAAAGGGUAAAGGGUUGGACCUCGGAUACCCCCUCCCCCGGGCCUUUUCCACCCGUGAUAACAACCUCCCGUCCCCCCAGGGCCUUCCCUUUAGAAAUGGGAGGGGUGAGAAAGGGAAAAGUACCUCAACAAGGCUGUUAUGAUGAGUGGCAGCAUUGAUCUAUCAAACUAUGAGCGCUGAAAAUAUUUCCCAAAUCGAUGCCAGCCGCCAUAUAACUGAAGAUGGGCUCCAGAUUGGCCUCUUAGCUCAGUCAGUUAAAGGUGUUGGUAGUAGUCUAAUUCAGAGGUAGGGACUACCGUAUUUUCAAGCGCCCAGCCUCGAAUAACCGCCUACCCUGUGGGUAGCCCUAAAAAGUUGAUAAGCGCCCGGCCCAGCCUCGAAUAAGCAGCCCUUUCCCCCACCCCCUGGACCCCAAUCAAAAUUGACCUUACUGAAAAAUGAGAUUGAAGUUGACUAAACACUUCUCAGAGAUUUUCCGAAGAACGAGUUUCUUAGUACUUUAUAGAAUUUUUCAAUGAACAGUUGAAAUUCUUUACUUCGACAGUCUUGUUAUUAACUGUUUUGUUAUAAAAAUAAACUCAUGCAAUACUUGCUGAAAAUGGUGAAAAUUUGAUAAGCGCCGUCCUCAAAUAAGCCCCCACUCUCAAGGUCCAAAAAUUUUAGUACCCAGGGAUAAACAUGGUAUACGCGUGAGAUAUAAGUACGUUAACUAGGCCUAAUGAGAAAUCAAAUAGGCACAGAAUCAGUAAUUGGAUUGAAUGGGUUGAACAAAACUAAAUCGAACUAAUACUAAUCUGUCUUCAACCAACAGGAGGGGGAUCUUACAGCAAAGUUUAAUCCAAAAUGGAUCGUUAAGUUUGAGGAAAUGGUUGAAAACCUCACGUCUCGAAAAGCGCAAGUUUGUGACAGCCGUGGCCCUGCUAUGUACAACAAAAAACCAGAUGGUAAUAUGCGUUAUAAUAACUUCAUUCUAUAUUUUCCAAUAAUCUGGUAAGCGCACGAACGGAUCGAGCAAGCGCGACCCUCGAGGAUCUCUAAAAGAAAAUAGAGUGUACGUGAAUAGGAUAGGCCACAUGUAAUGCGAAAUUAUUUUAUGCUCUCAAAGUUGUAUUUAAUUGAAUGAUGUAUUUCAUCUGCACAACUGAUCCGCGAAUAUUUGCCUACUCUUCAGGACUCGGAAAAUUUUUGCAACCUGUUUUCUGAUGGGUCUUCUUGAGCUCUAUUUGCUCCCUUUACUCAUUUAUCCGCCUUAAGCCUGCGACCCUCGCAGUGACUACCGCGCUUGUUCGCGCGCGUGCUCCCAACGACAGCUACCCAUCAUUUUCGCCACUCCCCUCGUGGCUGCGCAGAUCUUUUGCGCGCGCACCACCCAAAGAAAUGAAUCUAGAAGAAUUCGCAAUUAUCGUUGUAACUUGCUUAUGCAACCAGAAGACCCCACUAAAGGCUAUUUAACAAUGAUUCCACGAGUGUGCGUUGGGUAUGAGAUGGAAGAUAACCAACAAGGCGCGUAGCAUCUCAUAUCCAACAAGCGCGAGUGGAAUAACUGUUUUAUUAAUAAAGACGCCCACAAAAUAUCGAGAAUUUUUCCCAACGUUAUUUGUAAGAACAACCGAUUUUCAGCUUGUUUUUAAUUUUGAACAGACGUGUACAGUUAUACCAUAUUUAGAGAGCAUGGCAUAAUGGCUCAUAUACCAUGAUGGCCAAGCCAAUCAGAGCUCUAGAAUUGUAUUAUCCAAUUUUAAUAUAUAGGAUCGGAAAUAAAUUACGACUAAAUAAACUUGCAGUAUGGACUUCGAACUCAGUUGAGGCUUUAAUAACCUCAUUUUUCACAUGUUUUUUCCUUAGAUCAGAAUAGUGGACAUUAUCCGGGAGCAGUUAAUAUUCCCUAUCCUAGUCUGUUCAACUCUGAAACCAAAGCUCUCAAAACUGUUGAUGAGCUCAAGAAAGGUAAACUUUUGUACAACUUUAAUUUGCUUUAUAGGUAGUUUUGGCUCAUGGGUCAUGUCACAAUUUAAUAAAGCUGAUGAGCAUAGGCAGCCACUUAGAGCUGACGCUGGGUCACACUUCUUUAUACAAGAUAGAAGGGUAAAAGCUCUUUAUUUGUGUAGCAAUGUGUUUAGCACCAAAGUACGAAUUGGUUACACUAUUUUUAUGUCUCCAACUGGAGACGGGACAGGUAUUUUACGUGUUAAUCGACCGAACCACACGAAAGCCUUGCCGUUUGCAAGACAAAGGCAGUACCUUCAUUUCUCGGUGUUUCAGGAGUUCUCUCGGAGGUUGGGAUGAACACCUGCUCUGUUGGGUUAUUUGUGCGUGUUGAUGUCUUGAAAACUUUGUUUUUUAUGCUGUGAGAAUAAGCCCCGCUGCUUGUUAGUUUGCCAUUAAUCGUUAUUUAGCCAAGCGCGAAUCGAACGUAAAUCGAAAAUGGUUUCCUCCGGUGAAUAAACAAGGGAGUGGAAAGAUUUCUGUGAAUGCAAUACAGCAAAGUUCAAUCCAACCUCGUUCCCAGGGUUCUCUCCUAGCCGCUCGAGAUCCCUGGGAACGAGGUUGAGUUCAAUCAAGUAAUUAGUAUGACAUGCCGGUGCUGAAUUCCCAAAAUUCCUUUUACAAUUUAUAGUGUACUCUGAUGCUGGUAUUGAUCUCAGCAAGCCUGUGAUUGGAAUGUGCAUCGGUGGCAUGUCCUCGUGUACCUUGGUGCUGACGGCACAUCUCUGUGGAUGCCCGGAUGUGGCUCUGUAUCACGUGAGAAAAAUUGAGUGUUAACCUCCUCUCCAGGCUUCUCUCCUACCUGUCCCAUGAGCCUCGUUCCUUGGGAACGAGGCUGAAUUCAUGAUCAGUGUUUUCUUUACCCUCGGACGGAUGUUCAAUAGGCCAAGGCUCACCCCUUUAACACCCCACCCCCCGAACCAAAAGAGAUGUUUUGGAUGUGUUCAAAGCCAUUGUAGGGAAAACCGCACGUUAAGGAAAUUCACGAAGCACGGAACGAAUCUGUAUAAAGACAAAAUAUAUUAAUAUACAUAAACUGCUUUAUAUUUGUUUAUAAAAUUGAUUUGUCAUGACAAGGCCAGGCUAAAAACAUAAGGUACAUUAAUGUUUGUACCACUUUGAAAUGAAUUCUAGAUUAAAAACCUUAUCUCGCAGUACUUGAAUAGUGCAAAACAAAGAGAAAUGAUCUUCCGAAGUUUUUGAAACAUACCAAAUAGUAUUCUGACUUGAUAAUUGUUAUCGUUUACGGUUAAUUGUGUUCCAUGUUCUCUAGUACAAUGCAAGGUUCUGAAAUCAAAGCACUUUAAUAUCUUUGCAGGGAGGCUUCAUGGAAUGGAAAGGAAGAGCAGACCCAAGUCAAAUUGAAUAAAACUAAGCCUGGUAAAAUUAUUUAGGGAACUGAAGAGGUUCAGUUGAUCGACUUACGAACCACUCAUUUUUCUCUGUGAGUCUUCUGUAUCAUUCCUAGCAGAACUGUUCUUAAUCAGUACUGUGGUUUCAAACAGGUGCAUUAAAAUAACACUAAUCCUAGC